AGCUACCAUGGUAACGUUACGUUUCCGUUUCCACUGGUCUUUCCCAUCGCAAAAAGUCAGGAUUUGUUGUCCCUUGUUGCUACCCGUCCGUACCGUACGAACUGGUCUCCUGCUUAGAAAUGGCUGAAGCUCCCCCACGGCCCUGCCGGUUUUUUUGUCACCGGUGUUCAGCAGAGAUUAGUCCGCGUUUACCGGACUACACCUGUCCACGCUGUGAAUCUGGCUUUAUUGAGGAACUUCCUGAGGAAAGAAGUACGGAAAAUGGGUCCGCAUCCACGUCCUCCACCAGUGAUCAGAACCGCCCAUCCUUUGAGAACAUGGAUCACCAGCAUUUAUUCACAUUUCCCUCUGGGUACGGUCCGUUUGCUCUUGGGAUUUUUGAUGAAAACUUUGACCUUCGAACGCGGCUACCCACAGAGGACAACCGGGAGACAGAAAACAGGAGGGAACGGGAAAUGGCAUCACGGCAACGAUACAGUGCACGGCAACCACGAGGGCGACAUGUUCCUCGAAGACAGGGUACGCGCCAUGAAGGGGUGCCCACAUUAGAGGGAAUUAUACAGCAGCUAGUAAAUGGAAUCAUAGCACCUACAGCCAUGCCAAAUAUUGGGAUGGGACCAUGGGGAAUGCUACAUUCCAAUCCAAUGGACUACGCCUGGGGUGCCAAUGGUCUUGAUGCAAUAAUUACACAGUUAUUGAACCAGUUUGAAAACACGGGUCCCCCUCCUGCAGACAGAGAGAGGAUAAAGAGUUUACCCACAAUCUCCAUUACAGAGGAACAUGUGGGUGCUGGUUUAGAGUGUCCAGUGUGCAAAGAAGACUACAGUGUUGAAGAGAGUGUUAGACAACUGCCAUGCAAUCAUUUGUUUCAUAAUGACUGUAUAGUACCGUGGCUGGAACAGCAUGAUACAUGUCCUGUGUGCAGGAAGAGUCUUAGCGGACAGAACACAGCCACAGACCCACCAGGGUUAUCAGGAAUGAACUUCUCUCCCUCCUCCUCCUCCUCUUCCUCACCCAGCUCACCUAGCAAUGAGAAUGCUGCCAGCAAUUCAUAGAUUUUCAUCGUCACAGCCACCUCCCAUCUGAAAACCUCACAACAUACAAGACCCUACAGCUCCUCUCCACAGCUGAGACCAGGACAGUUGUCUGUCUCAAUUCAAGGGGACGAUAUGAGUGGAGGGGAACUCUGAAUCUGUUGCAGACUGUUAGUCAUCAUUCUUCCCCCUGUGCUGAACGGACGCUGGGUCCAGCUCCUGCUGCUAUCGUUGCAGAGUGUUUAAGCUGGUGGGACUGGGCAGUGUUGACGGAGGAUGCAGAAAGGCUGUGAGUAGUAGUUAGAUUGGGAUUGUAACCAGAACGGGAGCAGAGUUUGAGCCAGAGUGGACUGCUUUUUGAUGGAGAGAUGUCUUUGCCAUGAAGCUGGGACACAUUUUAUAUUUAAAAGAAGAAAAAAAAGGCUCUUUUAAAAAAAAAAAAAAAAAAAUUCCUGUGGUGAUGCAGAGUACAUAGAUGUGUAGAUAGAGAAUUCAUUUUGAACUGUCAGCCACUGUACAGCUCAUGGAUCAAACUAAAACCUUGAGGAAAGGAAACUGAGUGUAUGCAUCUGAUUUUUAUUUAUUUUCACCUUCUUUUUCAUUUUGCACAAAAAUCUGUCUGAUGUUGAGAAUGUGAGUUUGGGUAAACUACUGAACAAAAAAGAUUUUUCACAUUUUUGCAUUGAAUAAGUCUUUUAGGACUUGUUUUUUUUUUUUCUUUUCUUUUUAUUAGAGUCUCUUUUUAUUAGAGCUUGAUCCAGUGUACUUGGUGUAUCUGACAAGGUAAAGAUCCACACAGCUCAACAGUGGACACAUUUUUAUUCCUCAAGUGAAAAAAAAUUAUUUAUUGAACCCUUGACCAAGACACAAAUUGAGCAAUGUAAAAGGAAAAAAGACACAUAAAAAAGGCAUGGGAUUAUCUUACCUCUAUGGAACUGACCAAAUGUGUUUCACAAGACAAGUGUUAUUAUUUUAUUUACUGAUUUUUCGUACAGUCACAAUAAAGUGCUAAAACAAA